AUGUCGUUCCUUCUCUCCAUCAUACUGCUGGCCACAUUGGUCGCAGCCCAAGCCAACCACGUCAUACAUGGCUUCGAGUAUUUCGCAUGUGUCAACAUGACCUCUGACAAGUUCACUGCCUUUGUAAACUUCCCCUCGGCCUAUACCCCGGAGCAGUGUCAGUCCGCCUGUACAGGAUUCGAUAUCGCUGCUGCCUUUGCCGACGGCUGUCGCUGUGGACGCAAAAUCGAGAGUCUUCCUAAGGUCGAGGAGUCUCUCUGUGCCAACCCGUGCAAUGGAAAUGCCGAGUUUGGUUUCUGCGGCUUCUCGAGCCCGACUGGUUGCAGUUAUGCCAACAUAUAUCUAGCUUGUGACGACUUCCCCUCCACUUGGAACCCAGUAACCACUGCCAGCCCUCCCGCUAUCACUUUCUCGACCAUCCGGCUUCCGACCAUCACCCGUACGAUUCGACUCGCUACAAAGUCCACCGUGGUGAUCCAUACCGUCACACCAGGUAGUCUCUCAACUUCAUGCCCAUUGAACCAUGACCACGUUCCCACCCCAACAAUCAGUGGCCAUCCCGUGGACCCUGUUGUUGUCGUUCAGACGGUCGUCGUUCAUGUUCCUCCAAAGAGUUCCUCGGGACUGCAAGGUUACGACAGAACUCGGUCAGAUCCUCCCGUUCCCACGCGACCACCUGCCGAGACACAUGCCAUUCCUCCUCAAACAGCAUCCAAUAGUCUCAGCCUUACCACAUUGAUACCUUAUGGGGAUCCGCCCAUUCCAGCUGGCCCUAUUUUCGGCAACGCUACCAUCACAACCAGCCCUGAGGGACCGGAAUUUCGUACAAUGUUGCCUGAUGAUCCUGGUGCAACUGCUACAACGCUCAUUCCCGCAGUCGUCACUGUUGCCCAAGCACAUCGUGCCACCGCCGAAAUCAGAUCCUCGAAGAACGAGCUUCACGACAUCCGCCCAAAGGGGAGCAAAACCAGGAACAGCCGAUCGCCUCUCCCCGCGGCCGAUCAAUCGCUGUCCCCCAUGCAGCGCUCUGCAGCCAUGCCAGAACCCCAGUUAGGAGUACCAAGCCCGGAUCGCGACUCACAACCACCGCCGUUGCGCGACGCGCCUCUCACCGCUCCGGAUGCGGAUGGAGCAGCCUCGGCAACGGCGAUCCAGGGUACCAACUCAGCCAACGCCGAAACCGGGUCCCAGACGUCGACCCUGGCCGUUAGAUCACGACCCCUAGCCGAAGACGUCCACUCUGGCGUUGAUGACACAUCACUGGGCCCGUUCUUCGAGGUUCUUACUUUCGACCUGCGCUAUCAAAUCUACCAGUUCGCUUUUGGAAGCAAAACCCUCCAUCUCUAUCUCCUCUACAGACGGAGCCUUCAACCUGAUGUGCGAUGGCGUAAGGGUCAUCAACCCGUGCCAGCAUGGUACCCUCACUCACCCAGCGUAUCGCCAAUGGAUCCGCCAUUCGUAGACGCAACCAUGACACCGCAAUGGUACUGGUGGAGCUGUGUGUGCGGCCCAGAAGACCGAAAGCUCGAGACGAAGCUGGGUUAUCAGUGUCCUAGGGGUUUCUUUCAGACGUGCGGGCCCAAGGAGACAUACCUGGGCAUCUUGCCUUGCUAUGAGGAGACAAUCAAAGUGCUGUACGCUAGCAACACCUUCAAAUUUGAGCAGAAGCUCGAGGCAAUGUAUUUUCCCUCCGCCAUUACCACGUCUCACCUCCAAUGGAUCACGUCGCUGGAAAUUCGCAUACCAGACCGUGACGAGUCUCUUACCGACCGCACUCUCGAUAAAGCCCCGCGGCCGUCCACGGGUGCUCCACUCAUCACUGACCUCCGCGAUAUGAGUCUCCGUGACCAGUACCUGCGCAUCAUUAAUCAAAUCGCGCCCACUUUCCCGGCGCUCCGCCGCCUGCACAUCUCCUUUGAAGGCUCCGUGAGGCGGGUGCCCGUACCGCGGCCUAAUGUGACGACGUUGCUAAUCUCCACCCUCGGCGAAGUCGACACGGAUGAGCUGGAGGGGUUGGUAUUGGGGCCUAUUGACGUGCUGCCGAGCACAAUUGAGAAACAAGUUCUAUUCUACCAGUCGCUUUACACCGCACUGGUGGCUGCGGAAGCAAAGCGUACGGGUGACGAGGUCAAGGAAGUUGAGCAUCUUAGGAACGAUGGGCGGCCCGGGUGGACCAAGUUUUGGCGAUCGCUGGAGAGCGAGGAAGAUUCAAAGGCCGGAUACUGGGGCGGUCUCAUGGUUCAAGCAGACGAACCUCGCAAGAGCUCGCGAUUUGCGGAGAAGGAAACGGAUGUGGGGGAGAUUCAGCGAAUGAGCCCACUACGGGCGCGUGCAGAGGGUUUUGCGAGAACCGGCAUCAUGCUCACACCGUUAUCGAGCAUGAACGCCUGGUGGUGGCACAUCCUCGAGAACCACGUCUACGCCCUCCCGCCCUCAGCACCGCGCAAGCGCACCAAACCGAUGGAGGUCCUCUGCGUCGGCCCGCCACGAAGCGGCACCGAGUCGCUCCAGCAGGCCCUGCUCACCCUCGGGUACGACUACACCUACCACGGCUGGGACAUUGUAUACGAAGACCCGCCGAUUCCGGCACCGGGGUGGGUCAGACUCGCGCGAAAGAAGUGGUUCGGGGCCGACGGCAGCGGCAGCGGCUCCGCGUCACCGAAAGCCAGGGGAGACUGCGAGAUCACGGCGGCGGAGUUUGACGAGCUCAUCGGGCACUGCGUGGCCGUUACUGACGCGGCGGCGAGCUGUUUCGCGGCGGAGAUGAUUCGCGCGUACCCUGAUGCCAAGGUGGUGUUGAACGUGCGGAGGGACCUGGAUAGGUGGCACGACAGCGCCGUCAAGACCCUGGUGCACGUCAACGAGAGCUGGAGCUUCUGGAUCGCGAGUCUGCUUGACCGCGAGGCGUUUUGGGCUUGGCAUGUCUAUGAGAGGUUCCUGUGGGCUUUAUUCUUCCGAGCGCCGGACGGGGAUAUGGCGGGGGCUAUUAAACGGAAUGGCAAGUGGAUUUAUCGAGAACAUUGUGAUAUGAUCCGCGGCCUGGUCCCGCCUGAUCGUCUACUCGAGUGGUCUGUCGACGAGGGGUGGGAGCCGCUGUGCAAGUUUUUGGGUAAGGAGAUUCCAGAUGAGCCUUUCCCACAUGCGAACGCGACUGGUAUGGGUGGUGGGUGGAAGGCGCGGGAGGAGAUGGCCACGAAGAGGUGGAUUGAGGGAGCGCUGACGAAUUUGAUUCUCUUCGGAUGUCUUUUUGUCGGCGCGGCUGCGGUUUGGAUGAGGUAUGGAAGGUGA